ACUCUUUGCUGACUUGAAUUUAGUUGUCACUCAUUAUUGUCUCGCCCUAGGGCUAAGUGGAUAGUUUAGCAGCGGCACGGCUGUAUCUGUGAAGGAGAACUGUUUCUGUAGUUCCUCUGUUGUCAAGAAGAGACCAGAGCGACUUUCAAUGUGUCACUCUGGUUGACAUCGUAAAAAUAGAGUACACUAGUGGUGGCAGCAAAAUAUCAGUUGUACAUGUAGUUGAAUUUUCAACUGGAAACAUCUCUCUAUUUCGGUCAGUCAGAGCAGAGGCCGUUCAGGGUUGGGGAAAUGCCUGCUCGUUGUGUUCGGCGCGUGCCACGAGAGCGCUUCACAGAUGCCGUACGCCCCCGCCAGUGGCCGUAUUUCCAGGCCGUCGUGUCGGCGGUUGCAUUUCUUGGCAUUCUGGUAUGUGUCCUGAACGACCUAAUCUCUCGGCGAGACCUCGAUGUAGUAGCAGAGAGUAACCUAUCGUUCUCCUCCGGAUAUAUCUGGGACGGAGCUUUGUGUGCUGGAUGCUGUACUAUAUUUCUAUUCGUUAUUCAAGGACUUGUCAACACCAGAAGCAGGCACAGUGUCCACAUGAUGAGAUUGUUUAUUUUUGUCUCACUCCUGCUGACCGGACUGGUGUUUAUCACAACCCUGGGCAGGACGUUUACUUUCGUGGUACUGGCUGAAGUGCACAGUAACUCGUGCUCCUACUUUCCGUCACCGCACGAGUCUAAACACCUAAAGUGGCCGGUCCACGGCUCUUGUUUCAAUCAAUGCCGUCCAGCAGUGCCGAUUGGCAAGUCAUCGUGCUGUUGUUGCACUAACUUCUCCUUGUCCGGUGAUGGCAUUGCUGUAUUCACUCAUGUACAUGGCAGCUGUGACAAUGUGUUUGGUAAAUCCGCUCUUCUGCUAGCAGCUCAGAUGCUCACCAGCAGCGGCCUACUGAUAGCGUGUGUGCUGCUGCUGCUCGUGCAGUUUAGCCUGCACCUGGGCUGGUGUGGACCGCGCUUGCGCGACGUCAUCGGAGCCAUUUGCAUGGAGACGACGGAGCGCGCGUCGCUUCUCACCACCGGUGACAUACCGCCGGGCUACAAUGUCAAUCCCAGUGCCCCACCAGUGAACGGCCCAGUUACAUCUGGCACCGUGUCCUCCAACACAUUCUUGACCGCCGGUGGCAGUAGCAUCAACAGCAAUGGUGAUCUCCAGCGUGGUGCUCUAGCACCCCCAGUGAUGACGAUGACAGCCGGCCACGGGCACAUACCGCAGCAGGACGCACUCGCGCUGGAUCUCGGCGCGCCGCCCGCAUACCAGGAAUCCUGGACGCGACCGCACUCCAAUCGCUCGCUGUCUCCAGCGUUUCUACAGUGAACCGCCUGCUUUGUACUCAGCAGCCUUCGCCUGUGCUGAGGUGCUGUUACGUGUGUUUGGUGUACGGUAUGCGUGUCGUUGUUGUAGCAGCGGUGGCGGUGACAGUAGCAACGUGUCCGUGAUAAACCAAAGCCGUAUACUACUGUGGGUCAGCCGUAUGGCUCAGUCUCUGGACGGAGCCACGCUACUCCCAUGCUGUCGCCAGUGGCCUGUGUGUAAGGUUGUGUGGUGCAAGUGGCGAUGCAUCAUCAUCGCCUUUGCCUCUCCAGCUCGUGGUGUGCGUUCCUCGGCCGUCGUCUUCCAGGGCUGCCCAUGCGUUAGUGAUGGUACUCGGCAUGACCACAGGCAUGGCAUUGCUCUCCCUGGCCCCGCGCUCUCCCAACGAACAAAGCUGAUACCCCCAUCGUGUGUGUGUGUGCAGAUCUGCACCAUGUCUUCAGUUCAUGGCUGGCGUCACGCUGACUAAAUGUCCUCCCGCCCUGGCAUCACCGCUACUGGCUAUUGACAUGGCUCCAUGGCCAGUUUGGAUCAUUUUCUUGACGGUUGCUCAUGUCACAGUCAACUGUAUCCCCCAGUAAUUGUGCUGCCAUUGGAGGACUUAUCACCGUUCAUCCUUCUCCUCGUCAGAUAGUCGUUCUGUCCGCUCUGAGUGAAUUUCUGGAUUCAUACAUCGUCCAGUGGAAGCUUCGUGCUAGGAUUUCCUAUCGACUACAUAUGCCCGCUUUGUGAUCAUUGCAGAAGGUCAAGCUGUUUACGUUCCCCUCGUGUAGAGCUCGUGAUGUUUACCCGCCGACGAUGUGUCCGCUGUGUUCGGUGAGUAUGCACUGUCAAUGCACUUGGCCAUUCGUCUACUGAACCGCUGAAACAUUCCGUAACGCUGUUUUCCGUGCUGUGCUGGGCUCGGUACUAGCUAUUCCAUUUUUUUAAUUACCUAGCCCUAAUCCCGCUGUCCUAUUUUGAAUACUACCGCAAUCCAACGCUUAUAUAUAUAGAAUAUAAGAAUGUACUCUUGUAUUCAACAUAGACAAUUUUUGGCAAACUCCCCAGAAAGUCUUCCUCACAAGCAAGCUUACCAUGCUCGUGCUGUAUUCCGGGUAUUUGCUGAGCAAGCUGUGUGCUGGGUAUAUGCUGAGCAAGCUGUGUACUGGGUAUAUGCUACCUGUGUGUAUACUGUGUUCGUGCUGUGUGUGUGUGUGUAUGUGUGUGUGUUGUGUUGUGUGUAGCACACCCACGGCCUUUUCUGCUCACGUCAUGGAACGUGUUCUUAUAGGCGAAUGCGUUCUUAUUUAUUUUUUCAAUACUUCAACUUGUUCCUGUGUACGUGGGAUGACGGUACCACAUCUCACAACAGACUCGACUUAUACCCCCGUCUGCCUUAUAGCGUUCCGCCACCGGCGUACGGCAUUCCUUGCAAAUUUGCCUUUAUGCCUUUAAUCACAAUGAGCACACCUGGUCCACCCCCCACCCCCCCCCCCCCCCCUCCAUCCUAACCAACCAACCAACCCCCACUGCACCAGACAUACCAUACGAGCACAGUCAUAUACUUGAGCAGCCAACGAUCAUCCUAUUCUGCUACUUUUUUGUUAUUAAUAUUUUCUUCUAGUGAUAUUGUGCUUUACUGGCAUCCUCUAGUGACGUGGUUUUUGUCCCGGUAUCUGUUUAUAGUAUCAGUCCUGGCAUGGUGUUGCCUAAUUUAGCAGGGUUUGUCGAAGGACUCUUCCUUGAACAAAUUUUUUACCUUUGUGUUUUCUUUGUUGUGUGUUAGUUCGUUCUUCUUGAGAACUGGGACGUCUUCUUUUCUUUCUUUUUUUUCCCAAUUGUUCAAUCUCUGUUGGCGAAUGUGUGUGCUUCCUUCCACACAGCACUUUUUCUCUGCC